GAAGCAUUAUAUGUUUAAACAAAGUAACAGUUAUGAUUAUUGCUUCAGUUUCUUGGUGAAGGAAUGGGUUGCCAAACACCCAUGAGCAGUGAGCGUUUAAGAGCAUAUUGGACUCCAGCAAUGGAACGCUACUUUAUUGAUCUUAUGUUAGAUCAUAUGCAUAGGGGUAACAGAGUUGGACAUACUUUCAACAAACAAGCAUGGGCUGAUAUGCUUAGCAUGUUCAGUGCAAAAUUUGGACCUCAGCAUGAUAAAGAUAUUUUGAAGAAUCGUUACAGUACUUUGUGGAAACAAUUUAAUGAUGUCAAGAAUCUUCUUGACCAGAGUGGGUUUUCGUGGGAUGAUACUCAGCAAAUGGUAGUAGCUGAGGAUUAUGUUUGGGAUACUAUACUAAGAUGGAAGAUACAGUCGUUCAAGUCAUGAUAUAGACUUUGAUGAUGAAAUCCAAGGACUAAAUAUUGGUUUGUUUCUAUUCCUAUCAUGGGCAUGAUAUAGGGUUUCAAUUGUGAAUGAAUUGCCAUUGUCAAUUGAAAUGCAUUUUAUUGGUUUAGUUUGUCAGUUCAUUAGGUUUGACAACCCCAACUGUGAUAAUGU